AGUUGUGAGAAUUAAAUAACAAGGAAAUAUUACAAAGCUAGACCAUGGUUUCUUCUUUGGUAGCACUGAUUUUUGUUUUAUUCCUUUGGUCCGCAAACUCACAACGAAUAAAUGCCCAGGAAUCGAUAUUGGACAAGUGUAGAUCGGGAGUUGACUACUAAAGCAAAUUUGAAGACUUGCGCAAUCUUAUGCUGGAACAACGUGACGAAUUUAUAAGAGAUAACCAGGAGCUUAAAAAUCGAUUAACUCUUCUUGAGACGAUCUGGAAUGAAAGAAAAGUUUGCUCAGGGAAAACGCAAUGUCUUGGUCAGAAAACACAAUGUGCUUUUUAUGCGUAUUAUUCCGCCGAUUUCAAAUCUUUACCGAAAGGUAAAACAUUCAUCUUUGAUACUGUUGUUACAAAUAUUGGAAAUGGAUAUAAUGAAAGUACUGGAGCAUUCAUCGCCCCAACACCCGGCGUCUUUGCCUUUUCUUGGACAUUGCAUGCAGCUGGAAGACACAUUUUUGGUGAAUCUGGACAAUAUGGCGAGAUGGGAGCACUUUUAAAACAAAAUGGUAUUAUAAAAGGCUCCAUCGCUGCAGACACAGAGAUGAAAACUAAUCAAGGUACUGCUACCGGAUUUGUGAUUUUGAAUCUGACAGCUGGAGAUGAAGUAGAGAUUGUUUCUAAAUAUGAUGGUCAAGGGUCCAUGUACAGUAACGAUGUAUAUGGCCGAACGACAUUUUCUGGAUUCUUGAUUUAUCCAUAGUUCCGAAAGUGCCGAAUCACCACUGAAAUGUUUAAGGAAAUAAUAUGACUGAGAACUAACCUGCCGAUAUGCGCAAAACCGGUUGUAUUUUAUUUUCAUAAUUUCUUUAUUUAAUGCACAAUCUGUUAUAUCAUUAUACAUGUUCAAGUAGUUUCCCUUUGAAGCGGUUCAGAUAAUACAUUUUUUUUUACUUCAAAUAUAAAAUCCUGGUAUUUGUAUGAAAUCUCGAAUAUUUUAAAAGAAAUAUCCUAACCAAAUUUAACAUACGAAUCUAAACGAAAGACAUAAACAGGAGUCUAUAUGAUGCAAAUACUAGUACAUGUAUAUCGCUCAUAUCAAUAAAAUAAGAAUUUAUGCAUGUUCCUUAUA